AUGAAUCAAGUUUCUUCCCGUCCAAACAAGUGUGAGCCUUCGCCAUGUCAAAACAAUGCCUCCUGUUACCCUGACUACCAAAACGACAACUACAGCUGCGUUUGCAUACCUGGGGUGACGUCAGGCAAGAACUGUGAAAAUUAUGUUCCUCCAUGCUCAACCAACCCAUGCAAGAAUGGAAGUACUUGCUUUGAGCCGACAAUGGCAACUUUUCAAUGCAUUUGUGCUGCUGGGAUGACAGGACAAGCAUGUGAUAAAACGAUAAAACAAGAAAUUACACCAUGUUCAAGUGCUCCAUGUAAGAACGGAGCCACAUGUACUGUUACGUCACAGAAUUCCUUUCUCUGCACAUGCGUACUUGGAUCAUCCGGAGCCUUGUGUGAAAAAGUUUGUCCAGAUUGCUUUGAAUGUAAAGCCGCUGCUCCGGCUCUCCAAAGUGGUGAAUACCUUAUCAAGCCUGAUACUAGCAAUGCUGCAUUUACAGUAUUCUGUGAUAUGACAACGAAGGGGGGUGGAUGGAUAGUCUUUCAGAAAAGGACAAGCAGCAGCCUUAGCUUUGAAAGAGGUUGGAACGACUACAAGCAAGGCUUUGGGAACUUUGUCAGUAAYUUUUGGCURGGAAACGACAAGCUCCAUAGAUUGACCAAAAGCUUUAACUGUUUACUUCGCAUUGAUGUGGACGAUUACUCAGACAAUACUGUCUAYUCAGAGCACGCUCUCUUCAAAGUUGGUGACGAAGCGAGCAAAUAUGCUCUGACCGUCGAUGGAGUGUACGAAGGCACGGAUGGMAAUGCCAUGUCAGCUCACAAUGGAAUGAAGUUUAGUACSUCAGAUAGUGACAACGACGACAAYUUAAUUUCCAACUGCGCUUCAACUCACAGAGGUGGAUUUUGGUAUAAAAACUGUAUUGAAGAUGGAGCGAGUCCAAAUGGUAUMUACACCGGCAGCAAUGCUUUAAACMCAACAGGAAUUAUUUGGAAAUCAUGGAAAAAGACACUCGAGAAUAUGAAGUCGGUCAAGAUGAUGCUGAAAUUUACGUGCACUGUUAAAACUCAAGAUGGAUCCUGCUGCUACUUCCCAUUCAAGUAUUUUGGUAAAAUUUUCUACAAAUGUACGGAGUAUGGAACCAUGCCUUGGAAAAGAUACUCUUGGUGYGCGUACCACUACACCUAUAGAACUGACAAAUGGGGCAAAUGCAUMUGAAGCUACUCAGUUGGGACAUUUAGAGAAAGGCGACGAAGUACAGACUUUUCUACUCUUUUCGUCUGUUAUUGUGAACCAGUUUUAUUGGACCAUAGGAAACUGGGCAUUGCAAUUGUGCUUGUAAAUGUAAAUGUUUGCGAAGGGAACUAUUUUGGUACGGUCGCAUGCAUGAUGAUUUUGACGUGGCAACAUCCCACUUUCCAGCUUGUGUUAUAUAUAAGCGGGCUUCCAUGAUCGAGCCCCUCAWCUCUGGUCCUGGGCAGCCUCCCCUGCCUCAUUCUAUGAUUUCCAACCCUUUUAGGGUUGACAUUGGCGGAUUCGUCGUCAGAAACUCGGAGCAGAAUCAUAAMCACUUAGCAAAAUGCAACUUAUAUGUAACUAUAACAGUAUAACUAUUUCAAUACCAUAUAACUCAUAAACUUAUAACUACUUAGCAAGGAUACCAAUUGAUUGGAAUUUCAUUUUUGUAGAUGUAAAAAUCACAGUAUAACAUUACCACAUAACUUAUAACCACUUAG